AUGCAUCGUGUUUCAACGGCGCGGUUGCUCAGCAGGGCGCUGCGGAUAGGGGAACAGACGGCAAUUGGUGUUCCUGUGUUUUUGUGUCCUGCUAUUAGCCGCACAGGCUUGCCUGUAAUUUCGCCGUUGCGAGCUCGACGAUUCAACACUACGGAUGUUUCUGCGAAGCCGGUGGAAGAUGCGCCUGUGCAGGUUGAUCAACCUGUGAGACGGCUGCCGGUUACGUGUAGUGGCUGUGGAGCGUUUGCGCAGACCACCGAUCCGCGGGAGUUGGGAUACUUUGAUUCACAGAGUAAGCGGGUGCGGAAUUGGCUGCAUCCGAGGAAGAGUGACGGUCGGUCGGAUGGCGUGGAGGAUAAGAUUGUGGGUGAUGUGCUGAAGGGUCUUGAUGGGGAGAGGUUGGAGGCGUUGGGGUUGAGCGUGGAGAGUAUGAUUGGGGAUGAGAAUGCCAAGGUCAUGGAGAGACUUGCUACGGAAAAGCCGCCCAUUUGCGACAGAUGCCAUGAUUUGAUACACCACAGUACGGCUGCAGACACGGCCAAGCUCAUGAUGCACCAUCCGACGGUGGAAUCGCUCCGAGAAACGAUUGAAGAAUCACCAUACAAAUACAACCAUAUUUAUCACGUCAUUGACGCUGCUGACUUUCCAAUGUCGCUCGUCCCGCGGCUGAAUGUUCUGCUGGGUGAUAUUCCCUUGCGCUCGAGGAACCGACGUUCGCGAUCGAGCAAAUUCCAGAAUGACCGCAAGAUUGAGAUGAGCUUUAUCAUCACACGAGGCGAUUUGCUUGGCCCUACGAAGGAGAUUGUGGAUUCUAUGAUGCCUUAUCUUCGGGAGGUUCUGAGAGAUGCGCUUGGCAGAGUGGGUGGGCGCGUACGACUGGGUAAUUUGAAGUGUGUCAGCGCCAAGAGAGGGUGGUGGACGAAGGAUGUCAAGGAGGAUAUUUGGAAGAGAGGAGGGGCUGGGUGGAUGGUGGGCAAGGUCAACGUUGGGAAGAGCCAGCUGUUUGAAGCUGUGUAUCCCAAGGGUAGACUGAGCGAGGGCAAGAAACCGGACAAGUCGGUGGCUACGGAGCCUCGAGACAACGACGCCCAGGAGAAUACUUGGCAGGAUUUAGAUGUCGGCGAAUUGCUCCCCCCUCCACAGCCUGUUCAAAAUUACCCUGCCAUGCCGGUCGUCUCCUCGCUUCCAGGCACGACAGCGUCACCAAUUCGUGUUCCCUUUGGCAACGGCAAAGGCGAGCUCAUUGAUCUUCCCGGCCUCGCGAGAAGCGAUCUCGAGCUUUUCGUCCAGGAAUCACACCGCCAGUCUCUCAUCAUGAAGAAACGCAUCGUCCCUGAACAAGUCUCCGUCAAGUAUGGCAAGUCGCUCCUCCUCGGCGGUGGCCUUAUCCGCAUCACACCUCGCACGCCCAACGUCAUUUUCCUCAUGUACAACUUCACCCCUAUCGAGGAACAUCUCACCUUGACGGAAAAGGCAAUCGCCUUUCAGGACCAGAGCCGUCAGUCCAUCGGCGUCGAGAACAUCACUGUCCCUGGUGCGGGGGAGAAGAUGAAGCACGCGGGCACGUUCAAGCUCUGCCACGAUGUCACCAAGAAGCGUGCUGGGCCGCUGACGCGCAAGAAUGCAGUGGGACUGCAGGUUGACCGACUGCCAUUUCGAGUUAUAUCAGUGGACAUAUUGAUCGAGGGCGUGGGAUAUGUGGAGAUUGUUGCGCAGGUCAGGGCCAGGGACUUUGAGAGAUGGGAACGCAUGCAGGCGGAUCUUGAUGCGGCGGAGAAUGUGGAAGAGACGAAUGCUGAGGUUUCUGAUAUGUCGGAGGUGACUGGCGAUCCGUUUGAGGACAUGAUGAGGAACAGGAGGGACGAGCUGGGUGAUAGUGCACGGGUGAAGGUGCGGCCGCAAUUGCCAGUGCCGGAUUGGCCUGCUGUGGAUGUGUUUACGCCGGAGGGGAGGUUUGUUGGGUCGAGGAAGCCGAUUCACGGGUGGUUGAAUAAUAAGCCUCGGGUUUUGGCGCAGCAUAAGAAGAGUCGGCCGAGAAGGAGUAUGAGGGGGGACAAGAAGAGGGCUAAGCUGGAGAGACGGGCUGACUAG